CGUGGAGCGCUCUGAACUCUCCUCGAGUUGUGGAGCUUUUUGGGGCUGUGAGGGAGGGACUGAACGUUGUGCUCUUCAUGGACCUGAAACCAGCUUGCUUGGCUCAUCUUCUCAAGGAGAUGAACUGCCUGCCUGAGGAUUUGGCCCUGCAUUACCUUCACCAGACACUGGGGGCGCUGGAACACCUGCACCACAGGAAGGUGCUUCACCUGGACGUCAAAGUUGACAAUGUGCUGCUGUCUGCAGACUGCAGAGACACAUUCCUCUGUGACUUUGGUCUCUCAGAGACACUAGAUGACAGUGGACGAGGCACCACGGCCUUCAGGGGAGCUGUCUUCCCGGGAACAGAGACCCACAUGGCCCCCGAGGUGGCGCGAGGAGAUCAACUCUCUGCGAAGGCGGAUGUGUGGAGCAGCUGUUGCAUGUUACUGCACAUGCUCAACGGGUGUCAGCCGUGGAUACGCUACUAUUCCCAUCCGCUGUGCCUCCAAAUUGUCAACGAGCCUCCACCUCUGUGGGAGGUGCCGUCCAACUGCAACAACUUCACGGCCAAAGUGUUCAGGGCCGGACUGCAGAAGGACCCCGACAGACGAGCAUCAGCAAAGGAGCUCCGGAGGAAAACCACCAAGGCCCUCAGAGCAGUUGGAGGUCUCAGCCCUUGGUCCGUCAAAGCCGCCUGUGAGAAGCUGUAUCACGGCCAGGUCCAGAAUCAAGACGCCUCCUACACCCAGAAUAAACCACCAGCUUCACCCACUAUGUACUGGGUGAGCCCCUGGAGAACUACAGCGGUGGACGAGGAUGACAACGACUGGUCAGAUGGUGAAUCAGAACAAGACUCUGAGGGAGAAGAAGAUUCCUUAGUGAGGGAAUGGGACUCCGAGCCGAAAUCACUGCGGGACAAUUACAUCACUGAUGAGAAAGACUGGGAGACCGGCUCUGACUCAGAGGUCGAUAUUUACAUGGGAGAGGACGAAUAUAUUCAGGAUAAGUGGCUGAAAACUGACAAGGACUAUGAGGGCGAUUGGGAGGAGGAGGCAGAUGAGGAGGAGGAGGAGGAGGAGGAGGAGGAGGAGCUGGACUCUUAUGUGUCCACAGAGUAUCUCCGUGCUCUCAGAGGCCUCUUUCCUUUGCUGCAAAAAGGACAAAAGAGCAAUGACGAUUCUUGGGGAUCAGAAGCUGAGCUGGAAUACCUCCGAGACGAUGUACCUUUAGGCACCACAAUCCAGACGCCUUCCCCUGAACCUCGCGAUGACCCUCCGUCCUGCUUCAGCUGCUCGGACACAUCGCAGAUCGAUGCCUCAGACAAGGACUCGGACCAUUCAUCUGAUGACCUCAGCUCUGGCGUCUUCUCGUCCUGCAACAGUCAGACUGACGGACACUUGGAGUGGGUGGCCUCAGCCAAUCAGCCGUCCUUGUACUGCUUCGAGGGUGUUGACAUCUGGAUUGAGAACGUUCAGGGCGAGUGUCUGAGGAUUCGAGAAAACCGGCGGGUCAAAGUGGGUCAUGUCGCUAUAGGAAUUAGUGAUCAGAUCUCAGGGAAAGCCUUUACUUUGGAGACUCUGGACAGGAAGCUGGUGUCCUUUGAGCAGGAGAUCAGAGAGUCUGGUCUGUGGCUUCGCUGUGUUCCUGCUCCUGACAGAUGUCAGCGCUGGAGGUGGAGGGUCAGAGACGGCAAGCUGGAGCUUCGAGAAUGACACGGACAUUUGAUGCUACUUUUUUUCAGUUCUUUGCACUAAUUGUUGUUGUUAAUAUUUGUUGUUAGGGAAAGCUGGAAGGCCCUGCUUCUGGGAGAAAAGACUUCUCUGCGUAUUUACACACAGUUCCAAGGCUAAAAUUUGAGUCUCGCAGUGAAACAAAGCUGAACAAAGACAAGUAAACGAACACCUGGUGAGCACUUUAUUAGAAACACCUAACAGCUUUAGUUCUUUGUGGCAACAAGCUUCCUCUGCAGACUUUGUUAAUUAUUUCUGCAGAUUUUUCAGCUGCACAUGUAUGCUGCUCAUCUCCUGUUGUAUCAACUUGGAGCAUUAUCCUGCUGGAAGAAGCCAUAAGAAAACGGUAAACUGCAGCUAUGAAGGGAUGCGCAUAGUAUACAACAAUACACAAGCUGUGGCAUCCAAACUAUGGUUAAGAAAACAACCAGCAGCAGUGACAGCAGCAGCAGCGUGGACUGUUGACCUGAGGCAGGUGAAUUCAUACUGUAGAUUCUGACCUACAGCCAGAUUCAUCCCACCAGGCUGCGUUUUUUUUCAUCUUCAACUGUCUAGUUUUGGUGACGCUGAGCCCUCUGCAGCCUUUAGUUUCUGUUCCUGGUUGACAGAAGCGAAACCUGACGUGGUCUUCUGCAGUUAUAGUCCGUCUUCCUCAACUUUGGACGGGUAAAAAGUAGUUAUUGUCACCUUACAACCAGUUGACCUCUCUCAUCAAUGAGGUUCUUCCAUCCAUAGAACUGUUUUUCACCACUCUACAGACUGUUGUGGUAAAAUUCUAGCAGAUGAGCAGCUUCAGAAACAGUCAAAUCAACCAUCACGUCACAUUUUCACCACAUCCUGAAGAGUUUCUGCCUUUAUUUAGGCUGUUUGGAUAAAUGCAUGAAAAAGCUGGUGUUCCUAAUAAAGUGUUCUUUAAGUGAAGGUGAGAAUUAGAUGCACAAGAAGUCCAUAAACUGUACAGCUCAAACGGUUUCUGUAAAUUGUAUACAAAUUGUGCAGGAGUGUGUAAAUGUGCAGAGAGAAUGGGAAAUGUAAUAAGAGACUUUAUCAGUUUUUGAGGUAAAUUUCAAGUCACUUUUCCAUGUAGGCACUGUUAAGGGGCAAAAAAAAAAAAAUCCAGUUUUCUGCUUUUUUUUGUUUCCUCUCUGAUCUGGAAUCCAGAGUUUGUUUGUCAUCUGGUGUAUUUUAGGGUUUAGAAGAAGCAAAGCUGCUGAAUAUAUUGAGAAUUUUCCACGACACAGUUUAAGACUCGAGGAAUGAAUACUUGAACAUUACUUACAUUUUGUAUCUUAAUAAAAAAAAAUAAAUACCUCAGAGGCGAAGAAG